CGGCGAUAACGAUUACAUGUUUACGCGUUCACCGAGUGCUUAUUGUUUUCCCUCUUGUAACAUUUUUAAUUAAAACUGCUGCUUUUUUAAGUACGUCAAGUUUUGUGAGAGUAGCUUAUCAAAGUCCGCGAGCUAAAUCUUAUCUGUCCGGCUAUUUACUAGGUUGUGAUUACGCCGAUUGCGCAACCAUUUGAUUGUACGGUACACGGAGAGUCUCAAACUGCAGCGAAUAACGGCACUUUACAGUUAUCAGUUACAGUUAGGACGCGGGUGACGCCUACAGCUUUUGUCCGGUGAUUUCUCUUUUCUCCGGGGUUCUAGUGUCGUUGUUUCACAUUGGUGACAAACAAUUUCGUCUCUCGUUUCCAGUCGCCGUUUCAUUCAUAAUAAUUACAAACUUGUAAAAUGUUCGCCUUACGCCGCACAGCCGCAAUGAUGACGUCGGUCCACCGGCAGACGCAACUCAACCGGGCCGUGUUCCGUGCCAAUUUUGCCAUCAGUGCCGCGAUGGCCCAGAAGAUUCCUGCCGGACCCGUUGUAGAUGUCCUUGGAGACGAGAUGACCCGAAUCAUCUGGGACUCGAUCAAGGAGAAGCUCAUCCUGCCUUUCCUAGACAUCGAGCUGCACACUUACGAUCUGGGUAUUGAAUACCGUGACCAGACUGAGGACCAGGUGACAAUUGACUGUGCUGAGGCCAUUAAGAAGUACAACGUCGGUAUUAAGUGUGCCACCAUCACUCCCGACGAGAAGCGCGUGGAGGAGUUCAAGCUGAAGAAGAUGUGGAAGUCGCCCAACGGAACCAUCCGUAACAUUCUGGGAGGCACCGUUUUUCGUGAGGCCAUCAUCUGCAAGAACGUGCCCCGCUUGGUGUCCGGCUGGCAGAAGCCCAUCGUGAUCGGUCGUCACGCUCACGCCGAUCAGUACAAGGCUGUGGACUAUGUGGUUCCCGGUCCCGGCAAGCUCUCGCUUACCUGGAAGGGAGCUGAUGGUCAGGUGAUCGAUGAGGUGAUCAAUGACUUCAAGGGCCCCGGCGUUGCCCUAGGAAUGUUCAACACAGACGACUCCAUCGUGGACUUUGCCCACGCCUCUUUCAAGUUCGCUUUGGACCGCAAGCUGCCCCUGUACAUGAGCACGAAGAACACCAUUCUUAAGAAAUACGACGGUCGCUUCAAGGACAUCUUCGAGGACCUGUACAAUAAGCAGUACAAGAAGGAGUACGAGGCGGCGGGCAUCUGGUAUGAGCACCGCCUCAUCGACGACAUGGUUGCUUAUGCCAUGAAGUCCGAGGGUGGCUUCGUAUGGGCCUGCAAGAACUACGAUGGUGAUGUACAGUCCGACUCCGUUGCCCAGGGAUACGGUUCUCUGGGUCUCAUGACCUCUGUGCUACUGUGCCCCGAUGGCAAGACCGUAGAGGCUGAGGCCGCCCACGGAACUGUAACUCGUCACUUCCGUUUCUACCAGCAGGGCAAGGAAACCUCCACCAACCCCAUUGCCUCGAUCUUCGCCUGGACCCGGGGACUGCUGCACCGCGCCAAGCUGGACAACAACGAGCCGCUGAAGCAGUUCGCUGAGACCCUGGAGCAGGUGUGCAUCGAUACCAUCGAGGGCGGUGCCAUGACCAAGGAUCUGGCUAUCUGCAUUAAGGGCAGCAUCAACGCUGUGGAGCGCAAGGACUACCAGGAAACUUUCGAGUUCAUGGACACGCUUGCCAAGAACCUGGAGGCCGCCCUGGCCAAGAACGCCGCCGCCGCCAAGUGACUAGCCGGCUCACAGUCCGAGCCGCAGGCCUCGCACCUCUAAGGAACCACUCAGGGAAGCCUCGUCCUCGUUACCAUUUUCACAAUAUUGUCAUUCGUUUAUGUAGAUGUGCAUGUCCUAGGUUAACUAUUUGUGUCCUCGAUGCAUGUUUCACACUCUUUCAUUGUCUCUGCGAGACGCCUAAAAACCCCUGAUUUCCCCUUAACGUCUAACGGAAAAAGAAAUUUCAAAUAAAUGUAUUUUUGUACUGGA